CCCCAUAUACUGCCGGAUGGAUUUGCCCAGUUUGGUGUGGCUGCCAAUCUGGACUUUAGUGAAGUCGUGAAGUAAGUGUUGUUUUCUAAUGUUGCCUAAUAUGAGAAUUUUUCUUUUUGGUUCUCUAUAACCCCUUGUUUCGUGAAUAAAUGCUGCUCUGUCCUUUUAAAUUGAAUCCGACAUCGCCACCUUGUGGCUAUUUUUUUAAAUUCUCCAUUUUAAAUCUGAGUUCCUGAAUGCGGCACAGAGGGUGGUUCAGGAAGCAAAACAUCUAAAACCGAAAGCAGAUAUAGCUGCAAGAGGUGGAAGUAAUUGUCUACUUCCUUUUGACGUUACACAGGCUGCGAAAACAAAUAUCUACCUUCCCUGCAGGUGUUUGCCCAUUGUUCCCUAGAAUGGCCACUCCAAAACCGCGCAUCAUCCCCUGGCUCAUUGAACAGGUUGGCAGGCCGGAAUACCCAGGUCUUGUGUGGUUGAACUCUAAGCGGACAAGAUUUCAGAUCCCCUGGAAACAUGGACGUAGACAAGACUGGACCAGGGAGGAUAUCAAAAUCUUUGAGGCUUGGGCUGUUGCCAGUGGUAUUUACAACCCCAGUAAGGAUAGAGCUGAUCCAAAGAAGUGGAAAAGAAAUCUUCGUUCAGCGCUUAUUCAAAAGGAGGGCAUAAGAAUGGUCGAGAGCCACAGUUCUGACAGUGCCAAUCCUUGCAAAAUCUAUGAGAUCUCAAAUGCUGCUUAUGGAAAUGAUGCAGCUUCAGAACAAAGUCUGGUGAGUGGGUUUAACCCACAAUUCCAGAAACUCAACCUUGGCAAUCCACCCUGCAAUGUAUACAACAGUACUGUGGCUCAGCUACCUCCCGGAAAUUCGAUGAAUCUAGAACUUUCUCAAGGAGAAGCUGCUCUUGUGCAGGAAUUAGAAAAUGUGCAACAAAUCACACCAGCUGAUUUCAUCCCCAAUGCAUUUGAGCCAUAUGUUCCGCACAUUCCAGUACAAGAACCUGAAAGUGUGGAUCAAAUACUGUACGGAAUGUUAACCAACAACACAUUGGAAACCCAAUAUGAUGUUAACAUUUAUUAUCGAGGAACCUUAGUCAAAAAUACCUUAGUAAAGAACCCUCGUGGAUUCUGUAUCACUUCAAGAAAACAACCAAAUCCAGCAAACUACCUGGAAGAUGUGAUUUUACCAAUACCUCAUAAUGUUCUUGACUCUGAAGUUGCAAGUUCUAUAACCAAACUGCUGGAGAACCUGGAAGACGGUACAUUGGUUGAGGAGAGAGAUGGGUCGGUUUGUGGAAAGAGGCAAGGCAAAUGUAAAAGCUACUGGACCUUGGCCCAAUUCCCGAACACAAAUUGUCCAAAUGAAAUCAGCAAAUCGGACUACACGGUUUUCUUCACUAUGCAGACGUUUAUAAGAGAAUUGAUUCAGUUCACAGAAGGAACGAGGAGGGAAUCUCCCCAAUACACAGUCUGGAUUUGCCUCGGACAACAGUGGCCACAUAACAGGCCGUGGAAGGAGAACCUUGUUAUGGUCGAAGUCACCUCCGUGCCAAUGAAGUUGCUUCAUGAGUUGAGCUAUGCGGGCGGUGCAACCUCACUACGGAGCGAUGAACUCAAACUGGAAAUAUCAAAGUCACUCUCUAUAUCAUCUUCUGUGGACAUGCUGGCUGUACUGAAAGAAUUGGAGGAAAUGAUGGACUCAGACGAUGCUGAACAAAUCAAUCUGAAUGACGUCGACCCCCAAUUUCAGCAACUCAGCCUUGGUAAUCUGCCUAGCAAUGUACACAACACUACUGUGGUUCAACAUCCUCCUGGCAAUCCACUAGAACUUUCACAAGGAGAGCCAUUUGUUCCAGACAUUCCAGCACAAGAACCUGAAAAUGUGGAUCCAAUACUAUACGGAAUGUUAACCAACAACGCAUUGGAAACCCAAUAUGAUGUUAACAUUUAUUAUCGAGGAACCCUAGUUAAAAAUACCUUGGUAAAGAAUACCCAUGGAUUCUGUAUCACUUCAAGACAACAAACAAAUCCAGAAAACUAUCUAGAAGAUGUGAUUUUACCAAUACCUUAUAAUGUUGCUGACUCUGGAGUGGCAAGUUCCAUAACCGAACUGCUGGAGAACCUGGAAGAUGGUACAUUGGUUGAGAAGAGAGAUGAGUCAAUUUGUGGAAAGAGGAAAGGCAAGUGUAAAAGCUACUGGAGCUUGACCGAAUUCCCAAACACAAGUCGUCCAAAUGAAAUCAGCAAAUCUGGUUACACGGUCUUCUACACUAUGCAGCAGUUUAUAAGAGAAUUGAUUCAGUUCACAGAAGGAACGAGGAGGGAAUCUCCCCAAUACACAAUCUGGAUUUGCCUGGGACAAGAGUGGCCACAUGACAGGCCGUGGAAGGAGAAUUUUAUUAUGGUCAAAGUCACCUCCGUGUCAAUGAAGAUGCUUCACGAGUUGAGUUACUGUGGAGGUGCAAGCUCACUACGAAGCGAUGAACUCAACCUGGAAAUAUCAAAGUCACUGUCCAUAUCAUGUCCUGGGGACCUUCUGCCUCUACUGAAAGAAUGGGAGGGAAGGAUGAACUCUAAAUAGAUUUUAUUAACACACUUUUUCUAGGUACUCAUAUUAUCUUCAAAUCUUCAGUGGCGUUAUAAAAGAUUAGUACAAGCGAUUUAUAUGUGCAUUCGAUCCAUUGUAAACUCUAAGAUUUCUUCUCUCUUAAGUGGUUAGAAAUUCCAAAAUGCUUAACCAAUGUAUCUCAAAAUUAUGGGUCUAUUCACCAAAGAGUAAGUUAGAUCAGCGUAGCUCCCAUCUGUCCAGAAGUCACUAGAACAGUCUCAAUUUGUACUCCCUGUUGUGUCAUCUUUGGUUUGUGGUCUGAUAUUUUGCAUGUGUGGAAAGUAAAGAAAUUCCCCCAAAAGUGUAGAAUAAUUGGGACUUUAAACCCAUUCCGUGUGCUUUUAAACAUGUCCUGAUCAGAUAGCUUGUAGCAUAGUGUGCACACUAAAGAUAAAAACAAAUACACAAUACAACAAUAGAAGGUCCAUGUCUCUCCCCGGCUGUUCAAAAUACAAAGAGUGGAAGAGAGCGCAAGUAUAUGUAAAUUAGUCAAAAUAGAAGGUUUGCAUCUAUAAAAUAAAAUAUCAAUUAAAAAGUUAUUAAAACCCUUCCAUGCAUGUAAUAUGGCAAGGGAAUGAAUGGCAGCAAAUAUUAGGUCAUAUAAAAAGAAAUGGCACAAUUCAGCUGACGCAAUAUUAAAGUUAGGUGAUAUAGCAAGUAUAUUUAGAGCAAAGCUGUAUGGAACUACUUGUCAUCUGUACAGAACAAUUAUGGAAUGCAUGGGGUCUCAGACGGAACAUAUAUUGUCCAGAACUUCUAAGAUCUGGUACCAUUCUAUCUUCCUCUUGAUGAGCCAAACCUCUCUCGUCUUUACUCACCUUCUUCUUUCUCUCUUUACUUUCCUGUUCGGUACUCUUCUUUUCUCCUAGAAGGGGUAUUCCCAAAUAGCAGUUUAAAUACUUAGAGAGUAGAUGACAAACAGCUUAAUGUCUUAUCACAUGAUAGUUGAUGUUGUGUUAUUGUUUUAUGUAAACCGUUAACUCAUACACAGUAUUCCACAAUGGAAAUUUAGGUGGAUAUGUAACCCAAUUUCACCAGGUGAUGGCAAGCACACUCAUAAAAUCUAUUUCUUCUGCCAAUCCCUGUACCACAAGUUGACCAUCUCUGGGUAUGUAUUAAUGUGAGAAUGUAUUGUUUCACCAUAAUUAUACAGAAAAAGGAUUCUGAUCCAAGAGUCCCAGAAUAAUGGGGGACUGGUGGAUCAGUACCAAAAAAUGCCCUAUGUUACUCUCCCCCUGAGAUUGGGGGAUAACCCACGAUAAGCUGAAUGUAUGAGAAUGGACUGGGAGGUCCUAAAUGGGAGAGUUAACAAUAAUUCCCCUUACCCUUCCCCACUUUUAUUGUUAAC